CAUCGGGAGGAGAGGAGCAGAUACUGUCAACAAGGACAGGCGAUGGCUUUCAGUGUUUCAGUGUCAGUCUACCUCUUAUUCAAUGAAGGGGCUCACCUGCUAAAGAUACCUUUCCCCCCUUCAUACAGCAAUGGCAGCAUUAAGUGAAGAGGUGGCCUUGAACUUGACGCUCGCAAUCACAACCCAACCAAGUAAUUGGACAGUUAACAAAACAAAAGGCACAGAAGGACCCAUAGCCUUGAAGUUCUCACACCCUUGCCUGGAACACCAUGAUAGUUACUGCAUCAAUGGUGUUUGUGCCUUCCAUCGUGAGUUGAAGAAAGCCAUCUGCAGGUGUUUUACUGGUUAUACUGGAGAAAGGUGUGAGCAUUUGACCUUAACUUCAUAUGCUGUAAAUUCUUAUGAAAAAUACAUUGCAAUUUGGAUUGGCGUCGGAGUAUUAUUAAGUGGUUUUCUUGCUAUUUUUUACUGCUACAUAAGAACGAGGUGUCUAAAACUGAAAUCACCUUAUAAGGUCUGUUCCAGAGGAAGACCACUGUGAGGCCUGUGUAAGAAAUUUUCCUGAGGCAUUUGUAAAGAUCAGUGGACCCCACAUUGACAUCUUCAAAUGAAACAACUAAACUUCCCAAGCUGACUAGACUUGAACGUGACGGAAGUUGGGAUCAUGAUGAAAUGAGAGAAUACAUCUCAACAGAAAUCACUAGACUUUGUCAUUGUUAGGAUACCAAGAGAGCCAAUGGAGCAAGCUUACAGUGACAGAAGUCAAGUUCAUAGUACUACUCUGGGCCUGUUGCUGCUGUUGUGUGGUUAUUGUUCUUACUGCAGAGAGUCUGAGUGCCAUGCAUCUGACUGUGUCAGAUGUGAGUUUUCAUGAGAAGGAUUAUCAACCUUGCAACAAGUCAAAGCAAUACCAAGCUUGGGCUCUUCAUGUACUAGCUACCAGUAUUUUGGAUCACUGCUCAAUGGACCUAAUCCCAAACAUGCUGCUCUCAUAAGGUCUAAAAGAAUGUGAUGUCAACUGUUAGGAUAAGGUCAGUGCUGUGGCACCUUCAGUGAUCCAAACAAGUGCCUGGAGUCUAAGCCAGAGACAAGAAAAUGGAAGGUCCAAGGCCAAAUACAUUAUACCCAGCUUGUGAGAACAUUGUGGAGCUGUUAUCUGUGAAAUAUGGAAUAAGCUAAAGAGUUUCUGAUGACUGGAAGCUAUGGAUAUCAAGCCCUGAGUAGACAAAACAUCUAUUUUUCUGCAUGGAUUAUAACAUGUUGUGUUGGACUCACUGGUAUCCUAAUGCUUAUGUUUAGCACUUCCUCGUAUUGUUAGUGGAAUUACCUGGUGACUAUUCAUUUGGACUGAAAUUCUAGAAUUCUACUAAUACAUGAAAUUCUACGACUGAUCCUGAAAGAAAAACUAAAGAGUUGGACACAGGAAUUUUUUCAUCAACCAAAAGCAUGUGGGAAAUUUAUUAACCACUUCUGAGUACUUGAUAGCAGAUUUGCACAUAAAGUGAGAAAAUGCAAUAGUUAUUCUAGAAAUAGCUAUUUGGGAAUUAGGGUCCUUCCUCUUUAGUCAUAUUUUUUUUUCAUGUAAUUAGAAUAAUCUUGGGCAGGACCACUGAUAUUGUUGGGCUUUAAUUUCAUUUUCUACAGAGCCCUUCUAGCUCUAAAAUUUGACCAGGGGAGAAGAAAGCAAUUUUUCCACAACUGAAAAAUUGGGAUAUUCUCAACCAUACCUCAAAUCCAAAACACACCACCGUCUAUCAUCUUAUGUGUAUAUUUUAGUGUUUGUUUUGUAAAAUAAUAAUUUAAAAUUUUGCUUUUAAGUGAAGCAAACAUAUAAUUUAAAAACAAUGUCUAUAACUUUUCUUUUAAAUUCAAUCUAUAACUCUUGACUUUUUUCCAUUGUAAUUUUAAUAAGCAAAACCAUUUUGAUCAUGAGAUGGGCUAAAAGAGGAUCAAUCAUGAAUAUUCUUACCAUGAUUGCCUAGUAACAAGCCUUUCUCUUAUAUUGUUAUGACUUUUCAUUCACUAUUAAAACUUUACAUUCUGCUUUC